GCCAGCUAGAUAAGAUCUGGUCCACAGCUAGGAGCUCUUCCGUAUCGCCAUGAACAGUGGCAAGGACCUGCCGGAGCGCUUCGCCUUGAACGCCUGUUCGCCCCACUUACAAAAAGAAGGUGGGUCGUACUAGCAUACUACGCCUGUGAGCGCGAGCUCAUGCGCAAAAGCAAAAUGAAAGUCACUGAGAUGUUUUGCUCACGGUUUAUUUGUACAGAUGCUGGAGACACUAGUGGCAUGGAGCGGCAGUCUUGCAGAAGUAAGCUGACUGGACGGUCAGUUGAAAGGACCAGACGUGGGUGUAGGAUUGCGUGUGAUGGUGAAGGUGGAGCUCAUUGGAUUACCGAUGAUGGCAGAGAGGAAGAAAGUGGAGAGGACACUGCUGCAGACAGUGUCACACCGUGUACCGGUGGUGCUUGUGCUGAGGAUGGAACAUGUCGCUCAGAUUCGGACUCCUGCAGUUUUACUGAUGGUAAUCCCACUCAGGCCGGCGGUCUAAUAGCAAUGGAUUCCGAAGGCCGUCUAAGUCUCCAGCCUCAUGAUGGAGCGGUUUUUAACAAAAUCAUCGAUGGAAAGUAUUUCUACCUCCAAAAUGACACAUACACCGAGCUGUUUCUGGCUCUGAGCAAGGACGAGCGAUUCUCCGUCAAAGGAAUGAGUAAACAAGACAUGAGGGACGAGUCUGAUUCGCGCUGGAAGUUUCAUUUCUUCAAAGAUAUCGGUGGCAACUCACCGCACGACCCUGGAGACAUUGUCCUCCAAUACUACGGCGAUAGAUUUGGCCCAGAUCCGGACCAGAGCCCAUAUUACCUCGUCAUUGAACUGACCCAGGACAGAGUUCCUGUGUUCAGGAUUGCCAGCAAGAAAGUGGCAAAGUACUGCGGCCGUCUUGGAGUCAUGCCACGAUGAAACUUCUCUCAUAAUCAUAGU